CUAUACAGGUGUAUUAUGCCGGUGAAUGUAGGGAAUGUUGCCACUCUGUGCAUUUCGUAACUAGUAUGGAAAGGCACCUACCCAGGCAAUACUGACUGUAAUCGGCAAGGUGUUGGCAUGCUGACUCUGGCUGCUGUGUUGUGAAUAGGUCUCUGUGGUUCCCUGCUUCACUCUCCAUUCCUUCAUGACCUGCCGUAUCCUGGGCCGAUGUGCCCGUCUCAUCCCAAGGGCCUCAUCCCAGGCCUCUGCCACUGCUGUACGCCUGCCUGCCCUUGCAGCUGGUCCGACAGAGCCAUUGCAGGCCACGGCCUGGCAGCAGCCGCUGGGGAGAUGGCUGUGUGAGGGUAGGAGGCUGGUCAAAGAGGAGUACUCCGUAGAGCCCAAACGCACCCAGCUCGAUGAGCUCUUAGAGAGGGCCCAGUCCCCACAGGGGGUUCUGGAGGCGUGGGCGGCACAAAGAGGAAAUGCCAAUCAGGCAGCUAAGGCUUUGGUUCAGCUUGUCCGGUUGGCUGUGGGAGAUAAAGUCGGGGCUAGAACUGAGCAAUCUGAGCUGCUGAAUGACCCCAGACUGCUGGAUAUAUUGGCUACUGUCAAUUCACAGGUAGCGUCAGUGUGGAACGGUACUCUGGUCGCUCUGCUGCGCGCCAUCUCUGCCCUUGGUGUCCCAGUCACCGCUGCAGUGCAGCGCUCCAUCCAGACGGAGGCACUGUGGCGUGUACGCAGGCUCUCCUACAAACAGCUGGCCUUCCUUGCAGACUGGGGUGCCGGGCGGAAUGAUCAUCCGCAGGAGGUGGAGCUGAUGUGCGUAGUGCUGAAACAGCUGGAGCUCCGCUGGACUGAGAUUGCUGAUGCCAGGACGGUCAGUACCCUGAUGGCCCGGACUGGACACCUGAGUCCUGCACUGAUGGACAGACUGGAGGACAAGGCGUUGGAGCUGGCUGAAGGGUUUGCGGCGGAGGAUAUACGCAGGGUGUGUUUGUCACUGGCCUCUCAGGGUCGGCGGUCAGUGCCUCUGCUCAGAGCUCUGUCUUACCACCUUCUACAGAAAUUCUCUACAAACCUUACCACUCCUCUGCUGUUGGACAUUGCCUAUGCAUAUGGGAAGUUGAAUUUCCACCACUCCCAGAUCUUCCAGCGAUUAGCAGCAGAGUUGUUACCCAGAAUGCAAGAUAUAAGUCCUGCCGAUGUCACUCGCUGUUGCAAAUCGCUAGCCUUUCUCAAGUGGCUCCACCUACCGCUAUUUGAGGCAUUUGCUGAGAACUACUGUACAAACAGCCACAAGUACAGCACGUUUCAGCUCUGUAACUUGGUCCUGUCUUUCGCCAGGCUCAACUUCCAGCCCAGCAAGGGAGCGGAGUUCUACACUAAGGUCCUCUCUGCCCUGGAUGGCGUUCUCCCGAGUCUGGAGCCGUUUCUCCAGACGGAUGUGGUGUGGUCUCUGUGUGUGUUACAGCAGGCUAAACCCCAACACAUCACAGUCCUCACCCAACAACAGCAUAUCACCAAACUCGCAGAAGGCAGUCAGUCCCGGGUGGAGAACUAUCGCCUGAAGCUUCUACACAUUACUGCUACCCUCCAGUUGGAGCACCCAGAGUCUUGGUCCUCCACCCUGCCCACAGGGGCCAUGUCACUUCCACCCUCCCUGGGCCGGGACUCCCCCCUCUCCCCUCUACAGACUGGGCUGAGGGGGGCCCUGGAGAAUAUAGCAGGGGGCCGAGCAGAGGCUCUACGCACGGGGGUCAACACUGUAUACGGCUGGACCAUAGAUGGUGAGCUGGUGGUGGACAGUGAAAGUAAGCCAAUUGAUCUGAUAAACCUGACAGCACCUCACCUGCUUGGAGGUGGUGGAGCUAAGCCCUUACCUAAUGGGGCGCGCAGGUUAGCGUUCCUGACCUGGGAGUUUCCGAACUACAACUCCAGGAGUAAAGAUCUGCUGGGACGUUUCACCAUGAUGAGACGGCACCUCCAGCUGGCUGGGUUCAUCCUUGUGGAGGUGCCAUACUAUGAGUGGCUAGAGCUGAAAUCUGAUUGGCAGAAGUUGGCAUAUGUGAAGGAUAAGAUGGGGAAGGCCAUUGCGGAGGACAUGGCUAAAUGAACUGGGCCAAACAGUGAAACUUAACCAGACUGGACAGAAGAAAGCCAAGACUGCAGGGCCUGCUCACCAGAACCACUCUGAUCUCAAACAGCUCUGUUCAACACACACUCAUAUACCCAGUCUAAAACGAGAUGGAAAAUCUCUGACUUUGUUGCAUUCUCUUUGGUUGCCCUGACGAUGUGUGGGGCUUUCCUUGUUUCCAUGGAGACAGUGUGUGGGCCCUUCAGCAGAAAAGAAGGGCAGAAAGACCUCUGUUGCUAAGGAGAUGUAUUUGUAAGUAACACUCAGAAUAGAGUGCGGCAUUGUAUAAUUAAUGCCAAUAAAGCUGUAUCACAAUAGAUUGCAUAAUUUAAUUAUCAAUGAGUGUUGUUAUAAUUAAUAAAUGAUUUUACGCCGUCAUGUU